UGCUUUUGAUAGGAAGAGAAAGUAAAAACAAAAAAGGAAAAGAAAAACAUAAAGAAAAGAAGUUGUGAAUUUACUUACCACGCUGUCUAAAGACGAAAAACAUUUUUUCUUAGCGUAGACGUUUGUUACAAUAACAAUAAAAGGCAACACACUACUGUUCGUUAGAGUAUAUCGUAUUUCAAGCUAGUUGAGUAACUAGUAUGCUGACAGUUUUAUUCUUGCAACUCCACUUGAGAUAUUAUUAAAGAGCAACACAGUGUGUAAACUUUAUGAUUUUUUAAAACCAGUUUGCUCAUUCUCUUGAACAUUGGAAUACUAUAACGUUUAAAGCCUAUGUCGAAUCCGACCGUGGCAUUCUUUGAUGGUCUAUAGCGUUGACUUAAUGGCAUUAAAUCCCUUAGAGGAUGUUCGAUAACGUUUACGACAAUUUUGAAGACAAGUCUCUUAGGAUAGGAAAAAGGUCAUGGGACAUCUCCUCUCUGCCAGUUCUCUACCAAUCCGGCCCGUAAAGGCAGUCCCCGCUGUCGUAGGCCUGGGCUGCCAUUGGUCACAUUGACGCGAAUGUGAGCUGACACGCCCCUGAGUAUAAAUUGCCCGUGACCCUGUAUGGCCCGUAAACAAUUUCUGAAGAGUCAGUGUACUAAAUCGGUCCUGGUCGACAUCACCGGGUUUUCAAUUGUUCCAGCAAGGCGCAACAAAAAAAAAAAAAAAAUCCACGGCCACAAAAAUCUCAUAUUCUCAUAUUCAAAGAUGGUCUUUGUCAACGAAAUUGAACCCGAGUUUUCUUUUAAACUGUAUGAGGAUCCUUUCGAUAGUGGUUAUUCAGAUGCUAGUGGAGAAUGCUCGCCAUCACCGAGUUCGCCUCCACCGUCUCCAUUGUCGGAUGGCAUUCGCUUUGUCUAUUAUCCUGUUGUGCCGUAUUACAUAUUCCCGCUCUUUCCUCAAAGUGAUAUUCCACUUAGUAUCAGUCCUGCAUUCGAGACAUUUAUUGAAAAAGAAAACUAUGAGUUUGACCCAGCUCCAAUAGUUAACAAUCUAACUAUCGGUCGUCUUAUCAAAUGGACAUUGCCGCCUCCUACCAUUCCUUAUUUCCCAUUGCCUAAUUGGGAACCAAUGCCAUAUGGCAUGGAACAGUUUUGGCAGUCAGCCUUUGCUUGGUUUUUUCGACCAUUGUGGUUCAACAGCAAUCAUCUAUGGACGCUGAGUCCAAUUUCUUCACCGCCAGUCAACGACGAAUGGCCAUGGCACACAAUCAGCUAUUCCGCCAAAGUUCGUUUCCAAUGUCAAUACAAACAUGGCUGGACAUCGAUGAAAGGCCGCGUGGUGUUUUGGUACCGCAUGCGUCGACAUGACAACGUCAUCUUUUCCGAAGCUCGUUUCAAACUCUACGGGCAACAGUGCAAUCGUUGCCACAAGAAUCGUCAGGAUUUUUUGACUCCAUUGUGGUACCAUGAAGAAAUCGAAAAUGCAAUUCGUUUUCUGGCAACUGAGGUGGCCAAGACGUAUUAUGGCGGUGAAAAGCUUCCUGUUCCUCGCCGACUUCGUCAAGGCAAUCCUAGUAAACUUGCUCAUCAUGACCCAACUAGAUGCCAGGCUUGUGUUGAAGGUCUUUGCGUUGUACGUUUUUGAUGGAACGUUGAAAAGAAGUCCAUUUUCAUUUUUUUUUUUCUUAUUUUUCCUAACAUCAUGUGUUCAGCAUGUAUCUUUUAGUCACUUGUUUGUAUUGUGUGUGUCGGUUUGUUUUUGAGAUUUGGUUUAUAGAACCAAUAAAAAACAAUUGAUUUUUA